AAUUGCUUUUUCAAGUGUGCGCAUAUGGUUUUGUUUGAGACCAACAAAUCAAAUCAUUUUACUUAAUCAUGUCGUUACACAAAAUAAUGCAAAAUAGACCUGCUUUCGCAGUUUGAAUUGGAACCAUCUUUUUGGUUUUUUGUUCUAUUAAGUUGAUUUCCACACAGAAAAAAAUUCUGUAAAUUUGUUUGCAGCCCGAUGUAUGCGCUUCGCGUAUUUCGUAUGCUGUUGCCACGGAGACGUGUUUUUUGUACUUGGCUAAUCACAGCAGCUAUAAUUUAUGCUGGCUAUUUUCAUCUUCAUACGCCAAAAGAGAAACAAUCCAAAGACAUCUCUCAUCAACGCCGUUAUAAUCACAAUGUUGAUGUCGACCAGGGGAGGAACAAGAACGACGCAGAUGAAAGAACGGCGCGUUUGGACUAUAAGGGGGUGAACAUGUUGGUCACGGAGGGGGAGUCGUCGGUGUUUCCUAAUCAGUGGAAAGAGGGCAUCAAAGAUCCAUUUUAUAACUUGACAAUGGCUGGCAGCGACAACAGUCCCGGCCAAGAUGGAGCGGCAGUUGUGCACAUUGGGGCUGAGAAGGAGGAGGCGGAGAGGAGGUUCAAGGAGAACAACUUCGACAUAGUGGCCAGCGACAGGAUACCCCUCAACAGACGAGUGAGGGACUUCAGACACCAAGACUGCAACAACCUCACCUACGACACAGAUCUUCCCUCUACUUCGAUAAUAGUCAUCUUCUACAAUGAGGCUCCGUCUGUUCUCCUCCGAACUGUCACCAGCCUCCUCAACAGAACUCCGCACAAGUACCUGCAUGAAAUCAUUAUGGUGGACGACCACAGUGAUCACUCUUACAUUAAGGACACUCUUCCUUCUGCAGUCAAGUUCUUAUUCCCGCCUCUGGUAAAAUUAACCCGCAACAACCGACGUCUGGGACUCAUCAAAGCACGCAUGGCGGGAAGUGACAAGGCAACAGGGGAUGUGUUGGUCUUCUUCGAUUCACACGUGGAGGUGGGUCCCGGUUGGCUGGAACCUCUUCUGCACCGAAUCAAGCAGGACGACAGAGUGGUUGCUCUUCCUGCUCACGAUACUAUUGUUAACACAGGAUUUGAGUUUUCGGGGAUGCAAACCAGUGACAAUCAGGGUACGUUUAAUUGGGGCUUACUGCAACAAUGGCAAUUUCUACCCGAUUUCGACAGGAAAUUAAUCAAAACCAAAGCAGAUCCAGUGAGGUCUCCGACUAUGUCUGGUUGUCUCUUCUCUAUUUCCAGAAGAUGGUGGGAGCAUUUGAGUAGAUUCGACCCUGGAUAUGAAGUCUGGGGCGCCGAAAACCUGGAACUUUCGUUCAAAACGUGGAUGUGCGGCGGACGUAUGGAAAUCAUACCUUGUUCGCAUGUUGCUCAUCUGUUUCGUUCAGGUUCCCCGCACAAAGGUCACGUGGACAACUAUUACGCAAGAAACCAGAAGCGACUAGCCGAUGUUUGGCUAGACGAAUACAAAGAGAUCGUUUAUUUACGACAUCCGGAACUAGUCGGUCUCGAUUCUGGAGAUAUUUCGGGGCAGGUCGCCCUACGUAAAAGACUUCAAUGUCAUCCAUUUAAGUGGUUUUUAGAAAACGUAGUCCCUGAUUUAUACGUUCCAUCUGUUAAAAUUCAAGCAGGCGGUGGCUUGAAAACAUUCAAUGGUAGAUGUGUUGAUACCAUGCAAAAGGAUUCCGGCAUUGCUCAGUUAUACCACAUGUGCCACUUUAAAAACUCACAAAACUUCCACCUUACAGAAGAAAAUGAAGUCCGAGGCAGCGUCGAAAUAUGUCUUCAAUCCGACCAGCAACACAGCCGAGUUGUCAUGUCUAAAUGCGAUGGGAACAAAAAUCAAAUCUGGAGCCACGCUGGUCCAAAUACGACUAUCAAAGCCGAUUCAAUCCGCUCCUCAAAUAUGUGUAUUACAGUUAACGGAGAUAAUCUUGAGUUAGCGGACUGCAAUCCUGACGAUAUUAAGCAACUAUUUUAUUUUCAGUUUUAUAUGAAAUAAAACAAAGCCAAAAAUAAACAUUAAGAUCGCUCAUUGGAUGCAUAUACGAUAACGACUUUGUGAAACUUCAUUAAAAUAUAUUAUACGUAUAUAUUAAAAGGUUAAA